CUAUAAAGUAUUUUACUUAUUAAAAUGAUUUUUCACUAGGUAAAGCUACAACUCCAAAUCUACAGAGGUAUAAACGGGCCAAAAAAAGAACAUUAUUAAAGCCAACAAAAUUAUUCAAAUAAUCACCGAUUAACAAUUUCAAUGAUCGGCAUAAUGAAUAUGAAAAAUAUGAAGAUAUUAAUGAUGAAACAGGAAUUUCAUGCAAUACUGAACUCACGAUGGAUAAUAUUUCGGAAUUAGAACUUUUGAAAGAUAAGUGUGACCAAUUACAAAGGGAUGUAAAUUUUUUUAAUUUUUCCGAGAACUCUUUUUUAGAUAGGCCCACAAUGUUUACUUAUUAUGCUGGAAUAACAAUGGAUAUUUUAAAUUAAUUUUAGAGUCAAUUAAACCAGGGCUAACAGCAUCAAAUCAGAGACUAACUGAGUUUCAGAAAUUAUUAUUAUGUUUAAUGAAACUAAUAUUAAAUUUGCCUUUUAAAGACCUGGGUUUUAGGUUCAAUAUUACAUGUGCAACUGCAUCUAUGAUAUUCCGAAAAGUCAUCAUACUAUUAGAGCACAUGUUUAAAAGACUAAUUUAUUGGCCGGAUAGGGAAGCUUUAAGAAGUACUAUGCCCCAAUCAUUUUUUAAUGUGUUUGGGAAUUCUGUUGCUGUAAUUUUAGACUGUUUUGAAAUUACAAUAGAGAAACCAUCUAACCUAAAAGCUAGGGCACAGAGCUGGUCUUCAUAUAAAAAUAAAAACACGGUUAAGUAUUUAAUAGCAAUAACACCUCAAGGAAGUAUUUCUUUUAUAUCUGAAGGUUGGGGUGGACGGACUAGUGAUAAAUAUAUAACUGAAAAUAGUAACUUGUUAAAUAAAUUACUUCCAGGUGAUGUUGUAUUAGCUGAUCGAGGAUUUACAAUAAGUGAAAGUGUUGGAUUUCACUGUGCAACUUUGAAAACUCCAGGAUUUACAAAGGGUCUACCUCAAUUACAUCCUUGUACUAUAGAGGAAACCAGAAAAAUUGCUUCUGUACGUAUACAUGUAGAACGAGUAAUUGGUUUAACUCGUUCUAAAUUUAAAAUUCUCAAUGGUCCUGUUCAAAUUACUACCCUGAAAAACCAAGAUGAUACAACAUGUCUUUUGGAUUCUAUUGUAACCGUUUGUUGUAUUUUGACAAAUAUGUGCAAUUCAGUUGUACCUUUAACUUGAAAUAAAGGCAUAAGCAGUAAUAUAAUA